UGCUGCAGCAGGGACACACGUGCAGCUACGCGCAUUUCAAGAUCAAGAUGGCAGCCUCCGUGUGUCGGUGCUACGAGCUGGUUGGCAGACGAGCCUUGGCCCUCUGCUCCAGGCCUCUGGUCUCUCCAGUGUGGAGAGGAGAUGCCUACACGUUACAUCGGAGCUCAGCUGCAAACGUGCAGGUGCGAUAUGCUUCAGGACGUAAAGGCUUCCUGGGAGAGUUUGUGGAUAAUCUGCGUCAGGAAUUCAGUAAGAAUCAGGAGAUGAAAGAGAACAUAAAGAAGUUCAGAGAAGAGGCCAAGAGGCUUGAGGAGUCGGACGCUCUGCAACAAGCUCGCAGAAAAUAUAAAUCUAUAGAGUCUGAGACAGUGAAGACUUCAGAGGUGUUUAAGAAGACCUUUGGCUCCCUGUCAGAGACCGUCAAGGAGGGUCUCGAAGAGGUGAGUCGUACUGACAUCGGGAAGAAGAUCAAGGAAAGUGUGGAGGAGGCUGCCAAGACAGCCAUGCACUCUGCUGAGACCGUCUCCAAAGGAGGAGAAAAACUGGGCAGAACCGGCGCAUUCAGGGCCAUCUCACAGGGUGUGGAGACCAUGAAGAAGGAGAUAGAUGUCGGCGAUGCCGGCGCUUACAGAGCUCCCUCGCAGCUAAGGAAGAGAAGCGAUUUCUCCUCCAAAGGAGCCGACAGCGACACUAGAGUGUUCGAGGCUAACGAAGAGGAUAUGGGUGUUGUUCUCCACAAGGAUUCAAAGUGGUACCAGCAGUGGAAGGAGUUCAAGGACAAUAACGUUGUUUUUAACAGAUUCUUUGAGAUGAAGAUGAAAUAUGAUGAAAGUGACAACGCCCUGGUCCGAGCAUCCAGAGCUGUGACUGACAGAGUCACCGGCUUCCUAGGUGGUCUUUUCUCUAAAACGGAAAUGUCCGAGGUGCUGACAGAGAUCGUGAAGGCAGACCCCACCUUUGACAAAGACUCUUUCCUCAAACAGUGUGAGAAAGACAUCAUCCCUAACAUACUGGAGGCCAUGAUCCGCGGAGAGCUGGAUGUAUUAAAAGACUGGUGCUAUGAAGCUACGUACAGUCAGCUGGCUCACCCCAUCCAGCAGGCCAGAGGCCUGGGGCUGCUCUUCCAGUCCAAAAUCCUUGACAUUGAUAACAUAGAUCUAGCGAUGGGUAAGAUGAUGGACCAGGGCCCAGUGCUGAUCAUCACCUUCCAGGCUCAGGUUGUCAUGGUGAUCCGCAGCCCCAAAGGAGAAAUUGUGGAAGGAGAUCCGGAGAAGGUGAUGAGGAUGAUGUAUGUUUGGGCGUUGUGUCGGGACCAGGAGGAGCUGAACCCUAACGCAGCCUGGAGACUCCUGGACAUCUCUGCCUCCAGCACCGAGCAGGCUCUCUAGGAGGAGGCAGAGUGCAGAUGAAAAGGCAGACAUGGGACACACCAACUGUAGAAGAUACAGGGAUGUGCCUGGAACACCUGCACGUACUGACUCACACAUCCGUAAACAUCUGAGCGCAGAGAUCACCCAUGCUCCUGUGUCAUGCCAAAGACUGUAUUUGCAAACACACAUUUCCGAAAUGCCGCCCAGAGUAUUCAUGUGCACAUGUAUAUAUUCAUCCACUCUAUGGUGCAAGGAUAUACAUGAACAUAGAGAUAAACUACCGGUAUAUGCUAUGUGAUGGAAAACAUGCGUGUUUUUUUUUUGUGUGUGUGUGUGUGUGUGUGUGUGUGUGUGUGUGUGUGUGUGUGUGUGUGUGUGUGUGUGUGUGUGUGUGUGUGUGUGUGUGUGUGUGUGUGUGUGUGUGUGUGUGUGUGUGUGUGUGUGUGUGUGUGUGUGUGUGUUGUCUCUUGCACCGGUGAGCUCGGUGUUUGGGUUUCCAGGUGGAGAGUAAAUACAGAACAUUUUUGAACGGAUGGAACCAAGUUUUUCACAAACUGGCUAAAAAAUGAGCCUGUGCCAUUCCUUCAUUGUUUUAUCCAAUGGUAGAGUCCAUCCAUACCAGCCUGGUGGCUAGUUUUAAGAAGACCGGUGGGAAAAAAUGGACAUGGCACCUGUGACUUUACCCUCUCAUCUCAAGAGAGAUAUCUUAAGACUAAAACUAGGUUUAAUGUGUCAAAUAAUAUCAACAGGAAAUACAAAUUUGGGCAGUGGGGUGGAGCAGCAACCAACAGACCUAACUUGAAGUUAAGACUUCAAGUAAAAUUUUACACAUGAUCGGUUUACUUGUCACAAGGAGUCUAUUAGUUAUGUAUAAUGUCAUCCGUGGCUCUAGAGGGAAAUAUUUUGAAAAUAAAUGAUUUAAAAAUAUAAAAACAACCCUGAUGAUUUCAUCAGAGUAACCUCAGAUUGGUCUUGAGACAGCUAGAAAGGGUCCUACGAAAGAUGCCAUUUGCAUUAUGGGAAACAGUGUUUUUCUAGUCUGGCUUACGGGAUGUAUGGUGCGGCUAUAAAGCCUGACAUACCUGUCUGUGAGGAUCUGCCAACAAAUGUGUGUACAAUUUGCCUAUGCAAACACCAAAUGUAAUAUAAAAAGAACUGCACGUCCACUUUCUGGUGUAUAUCUGGCCCUUCAAUGACCCCUUAACAAACAACACUUUAAAAUCACGAAAAAAAGACCCAUAAGAGAGGUGAAAUUCAGUGAGACAGUCUUCAAUGUUUUCAGAGAGAAAAUGGCUGUAGUUUUCUUUUUCUAGGCCAAAUUCCCAUGGACCAUUAAAUGAAAAGCAUCUUAAAAAGGUGCAGUACUCGAAAUACUGGAGAGUCAUUCUCUGCUCAGGACGCCAUUACUCCACUUUAUCUUUAGUUGGCAAAUAUUUGUUUGCUGCUACAUUAAUAUUCUGACUAUCGAGUACAGCCCCUUUUUCUAGCAUUGGCUUCAAAAUUCAGCUGAGUUAGUUUCUGCUUGGUUCCUGCUGGCUUUCACGUCAAACUUAUCAAAAACAUACAUAAUAAAUCAAGUUAGAUAAGGAUUGACCCAUAUAAUAUAGGAUGUAAUGACCUGUGUAGUCAGGCUCCAUGCUGUGAUGUGUACUGUAGCUCAGAGCGCCUGAGAGAACACAAGCAGCUGGAGAAAACAUGUCCUUGUGUUUGUAUUUGAAAGGCUGCAUAUGUUUUCUCAAGUUGUUGUGCAUUGGGCUCCCAGCCACUGUAUAUUCUGUACACCAUCAAUAAGAAGAACUGUAUUGUAUCUACAUAUUAAUAUAAGCUCUCAACUCCUUGUAAAUAUAUUAAAUGUCGAGUACUGCUUCUUUGGGACCACAUUCAAAUGUGUCAUCAUGGCAGCUUUGUUGUUUGAGGAUCAUUUGCCAUCUCAUGCUGUACAUUUUUCAGCUGUUUGUUUUACUAAAAAUGUUUGUUUUGCUGUUAUGCAUGUGGUUUUUCAAGAGGUUAGUGCUGAAGAUGAAAACUUGAAUGAAUAAGCACAUUACUGUA